AUGGCGCGAAAAGAAAAUGGUCGGGCUGAAUAUAAUAAGCCAGAUGAUGGCUACUUAUCACCAACAAAUCUGCCAUCUUACAGCAAACUUCACACAGAAAACCGUUGGGAUGAAUAUAAUAAGCCAAAUGAUGCUACAAGUGAUGGCUACUUAUCAGCAAAAAAUCUGCCAUCUUACAGCGAACUUUACACAGAAAACCGUGGUCCUGAACAAUACCUUGAUGAAACAUGUCUUUGGGCUUAUGAUAAUUUUGCGAAAUACUUUGUACAUAAAAAUGUUCUACCAUCUAACAGAGAACUCCACACAGCAUGUCGUCAUUUAGGGAGACGGUCCGCAACAUUUUCUAAUAUUUGUCGUAUGAUUUGUAAGCAAGUCGUGGGCACAGCAGAAGAUAUAGCUGAUGUCUGGGCAUCUUACCGUAUGGAAGAUUGUCAUUUAGAUGGAACAAUCUCUAUUGUUUUCGUUGUGAUGACGACGACGGAUACACCAAGAAACAUUCAUCUAAAAGAUUAUAAGUAUCACUUGGUUUCUCAAAACACAUUCAGCAAUGAAAGCGAAAUCGUACGUGCUAGGGAGUUAUCAGAUGAAACUCAUGCUAUAUCCACAAAACAUAAUACACUUGAAGAGUUGAGAAAAUGUAUAGCCCACCAUGCAGAUGAUCUUCUUGAAAGGCACAGUAAUAUUAACGUUAUUGUACCAAGUUUAAAGAAAUCGAAGGGAUAUUAUUCAGACAAUCAUAGCAUUAUCGAUGAACCAUGCAUUGCACUAUAUGUUCCUUUGAAAGGUUGUAUACCAAUACACGAGGACCCUUUUCCGCAAGAACUUGAUGGAUAUAAGGUAGAUGUUCUGGAAGGUAAAUUCGAAACUUACGAAGGCGGGCCAAACGAAUUUCAUGAACACCUGAAGAUGGGACUGGCUAUCCAUGCAAAAAUCCUUGAUAGUAAUAAACAUUUACUUGGUGGUACCCUUGGAGGAUUUGUAAACCAUCCCGUUUACAAGAUGUGUGGAAUCACUUGUGCUCACGUCCUUUGUUCCAGUGAGGAAAUGAACUUUAUCAAGUAUUGCGGUAUCAAAGAUGGUUUGGAUAAACCAGUGUUUCAGCCAGUGAAUGACGAAUCCGCACCGUUCGGUAGAGUUGUAAUGGCCGUUUACAAGUCCGGUGAUGAAUCGUCAUCAGGGAUGGAAGCAGCCCUAUUUCGCAUAGAAGAAAGACAUCCAGAAGAUGGCAGUUUUCCGAUAGCUUUCAAUGACAUACAAGCAGGUUUUGAUGAAAACAGACCGCUAACUUACAAUUCGGGAGUUGUCUGUGAAGCAUCGUCCAUUAGCCCAAGAACUGAAGUGUUCAAAUACGGUAUGACGACUGGUAUAACUAGAGGGAGCUUUGCUUUACAAGGAGCAGUUGUUCGCAAAGAAAGAAAUGAAGGAAAUAGACAUAGUUUCGGAUAUAGUCUUAAAGAUCAGUUAGUUGUUCUGCAAAUAGGAAUGGAGCCUUUUGCAGAACCCGGGCACUCGGGGGCUUUGGUACUGAUAGAAGGAGAUCAUCACGAUUCUGUUGCUAUUGGCAUUGUUGAAGGUGGCAUUAAAGGCAGAGUGUUUGUGACCCCUAUCUGCGAUAUUUUAAGAGCUUUCGGUUGUUCAGACCUAGAGAUGUACAAGUUCAACAACUCAAAUAAUGGCUCUCUGUCAACUGACUCUGGGGUAGAUGUGGAUGAUUCCGAAGCGAUGGAUGUCAAUAAUUAGUAAAAUGUAAAGAAACUACAGGCUUAAGACAAUAUGUUAACAAAUGCUUAAUAUCACUGAGCAACUUCUGAGAUUACAUACAGUUAAUUUUGCAAACAUCCGGAGUAGAUAAAGAAGUCAUAAAGGCAGUCAUGCUGGAACAAGUCUAAAGAUAACUUUAACAUUUAUAUUCAUCAUCCCCUUUAACUAUCAAAAUCGUACAAACACAUUUUGUAUUCCAGAAUCAUUACCUAGUCUGUGUUUCGUUAUAUUUUCUUCUUCAUACCGAGAAUCACAUUACGACCUUUCUGCACAAAAUAUCAAAUCACAUUUCAAAAUAGCUUCGUUUUAUCUUCAAUGUAUCUCGUAACGUCAGUGGGAAACACAAAAUAGUAUUACAUUACCGUGUCAACAAUAAAGAUGGAAGUAGUGUUGCAAUAAAGAUUCGACGACCUGCUUGAUAAUCUAUGUUUGUAGGAUAGCGCAUGUUAUAAUCCAUUUUGAUUAAACGAUAUGCGACCAUUAAUAGUCGAAAAUGCAUUGAAAUCAGUAUACGAGUACCUAACCCGGUAUUUUCCUCUCCUGAAU